AGGGCGUGGGGAUUGGGGGGUGGGGACAGUCCCGUUGAACGGAGCGGCUGGACGGACAGACAUCUUCACCCUGUACAAACAUACAGCAAAAGAAAAAGAAGAGAAAGAGCUGAAGAAACUUAACCAGUUUUUCUUCUUUGAGGUCAAAGUUCAACAGUUGUCAUGGCAGACGAAGCGGACAUGCGCAAUGAGCUGGCCGAUCUGCAGAUACGUGCAGACCAGAUAGCUGAUGAGUCUCUGGAGAGUACUCGCCGCAUGCUGGCUCUUGUGGAGGAGAGUAAAGAUGCUGGCAUCAGGACUCUCGUCAUGUUGGAUGAACAGGGAGAACAACUUGAUCGUGUGGAAGAGGGCAUGAACAAGGUGAACGCAGACCUGAAGGAGGCCGAGAAAGAUUUAAAAGAUAUAGGACAAUGCUGUGGUCUGAUAUGCCCAUGUAUUAAAAAGAUUAAGGGCGGGGGCCAGGCCUGGGGAGGGAACCAGGAUGGAGUGGUGAACAGCCAGCCGGGGGCACGAGUGGUGGACGAACGUGAACAGAUGGCCAUCAGUGGGGGCUUCAUCCGCAGGGUAACAGAUGAUGCUCGGGAGAAUGAGAUGGAUGAGAACCUGGAGCAAGUGGGCGGCAUCAUUGGCAACCUGCGUCACAUGGCCCUGGAUAUGGGUCAGGAGAUCGACACGCAGAACCGCCAGAUUGACAGGAUCAUGGACAAGGCUGAUUCCAACAAGACCAGGAUUGAUGAGGCCAACCAGCGUGCCACAAAGAUGUUGGGCAGUGGCUAAACUACAGCGAAAAGUGCUUUCACCCUAUUUAAUCCUUGUCACCCUAAAAAAACAAACAAACAAACAAAAAAAGAAACCCCCAACCAAACCUAUCCCUGCCCUUAACAUCAACACCUGGCACCCUCUUCCUUUGCUUAGUAGCAGGCACUGCAAAAUUAUGCUUUUAUUGUGAUACUGAUAGAGUUUUGCACACAUGCACAUAUCACACGUUGCUCUGCUCGCCCCUCCAACUCCUGCAUCACUUUCAGUCCUUGUUGUCAGUGUUCUGUGAUGUUGAUCUUCUAAUUUUGUUUAAAAAAAAUAGUUACACAACCGCCAGUCAAACUCUUUCCAUGCUGUACAUAGUGCUUCAUUAAUGGUUUCAGUGAUUUAGAUCACGUGUCCAGUUUCUUCAUCAUUCUUUCUUUUUUUUAAAAAGUAUAUGUGUAAUAUAAGUUGUAUGUACCCCCUGUUUCAAAAUGUCUUUCACUCAUAUCAGUAUUCUGGUGUUGUCACCCAGUGUAUUCAUCAGUUAGGAUGUUGUGACGCUACAGUACCAAUAAGGCCACAGUGAUUUGAAGUUACCAAACGAACAUGCAGCCUUUACUGUUUAUUACCAAGGCUACUGUUUAAAUAGAUUUAAUGGCGAUAGUAGACCAAGUGUCUGGUCCGUUUGGAUCAAGAUGUGGCUUUCUGGUCAAGACUAUACACUGGUAUUUUAUCAACUCAAUUAACAGAGCAGUCUUAAAAGAAUAUAAUGCCAUUUAAACUGUAUAGAACAAGUAUUUUUCCUCAGGGAGCAAAAUCUGACCAUUUAAAAGCAAAAGCAAAAUGUUUGUUUAAUGCAUUGUAAUUUAUAAAAGCCACAGCACACAAGGCUCGGUGUGUAGGUGAACAACUGCAGUUGCUUAUGGUCUGAAUAGCAUCAUUGAUAAUCAGACAAAUAUUGGCAUUAAGCACAGUGAAUGUACAAGGAUGUGGGGCUUUGAUGGAGGUCAGAGGUCAAGCAAUCAAUCCAACAACUUAUUCACAUACCAUGCUACAAUUUAUUCAUGAUCCAACCCUAGCAAUAUAAAGUAGUGCAUUAAACGUAUUAUGCAUGUCCAUCUGCUGCUAGAAAACACAAAUGAACUCAUUUAAACAAGCAAAAAUACCCUAACAUGGAAACCGCAUGCUACUAUGUAGGCCACACAGAGGAGGGACCCGUAUUUAUCUGCAAUGGUGCCACUCUUUGUUUCAUGUCUCUUUACCUUUCCAAACUGUGACCAUCACUGUAAAAUAAAACCUUGGAAAAUGCCAAUAAAACUAUCAUAACUGUAG